AGAUCUUCAGCACAGCUGAACUUCACUGGUGUACCACAGAGGGCACAUCUUCACAUAAUACCAACUAACUUUACAGUGCACUUGUCUUCCUUAAAGCUGUAAGAUAUGGCUUCUUUUGAAGAAUCCUAUGUGAUUCCUUUGGAAAAAUGUAUUCUGAGCAACCAGGAGCAGAUUGAAGAGGUAGCAAGGUUCUUGGGGCAAAUAUGUGAGAAAGUGGCAGGCAUUGUAGGCAAUUUCAGUCCCUUGUUUAAGUAUAUUUUUCUGACAUCCGCAAAGUUUCUUAAAGAUCAAAACAGUGAAGAGGAAAAGCGUUUGUUUCAUCAUAUGCAACAAGUCGAACAAAAGUUGAAUCAGAUCUAUGAUGAAUUUGAUAAGAUGGAACGCAUGGAGAUGCGAUCAUUAUUGAACAGCCAGUACUUUAAGUAUGAAACACAUAUAAAGUUCCAAUAUAAAAUGUAUAACAAAAUGUUUACAGCUGAAACAAACAAAGAGCAAAAUAUAAAAAAUUUCAUCACCAUGUUUGAGAAUGCUGAUGGUGAACAGAACCUUAUUGGCUUAUAUGACCAAAUCACUGAAAAGAACUUGUCUGGAAGAGCAAUGCUGGAUGAGAUUGUGCGAACUGAGCAGCGGAGCAGGAGGGCGGUGGAGGAAUUCUGUUCUCAACUGAAGAAGCUCUUUGUGUUUGGGAUCAUAGCACUGAUUGGCUACACGGCAGUAAAGAAAGGUGAUGUGGAAGAGGAUAUGGUGACAUACAAAAUCGUGAAGCAAUGGGAAACACGCAUGGAGGACAUGCAGAUGCGCAUGAAGGCAGCAGUGGAUGAAUGUGUGAACAACUUUUCUACACAAGCCAAGAUGGAUGUAGAGAUGAAGCUCAAGGGGUGUAAUAGACAAGUAGACUCUGAAUUUGCUAAAUCCAUACUGAAUGACCUUGUCGAGAAGUAUGACUGGGUCUCUUGGUCAGUUAGGGUGUAUACUGAUGGAAUUAAAUUCCGGAACUGUGGAUUGUGUGGAAUGCUGUGUAACAUGUUGCAUAGAAAGCAAUGUCAUGUAAGUGGUCCAAAAGAAAAUUAUUUUGAUUUUGGUCCAUGUGAUAAAAAUAUAAAAAUCUUGGUAUCUUUCACCGCAAACCCCAAAUCACUGAACAAGGAUCAGAUAAAAGAUCAAACAGAGAAAGAGAAAAGUGAUGUGCAGUCCGUGGCUGAAUCUCUGCACAGAAAGUUUUCUGGCUGCCUUGUACACACUGUCAGAAGAUCAAACAAAAUUAAGGAAGCCAACAAUUUCAACUCUGACAACUUUUACAUUGGAUCUCAUGGAACAGUGUACAUUUAUAUGCAUUCGGAAUAAUAAACAUUUGAUCAGACCAAAUGGCAAACUUGUCAUUUUCUGAUCCAAACAGUAAGCACUAUACAAUCAUUCUGUAGGUAUGGUAGCUAUUUGCUGUUUAUUCUCUGUAAGCUGUAAAAUCACAUAUUUGACUUCCUUAUAUGUACGUAUGUAUUUACUAAGAAAAUGUUUAAUCGAGGGGAAUAUGUAUGCAGUGUAUAUAUCUGAACAUGUUUUUUGGAUCACAUUUAAUCAAAAUAUUGUUUAUAAAAGUCAUUUAUAGCAUGUGUUGUUGUUAUGAUUAACAAAAACUCUACAUAACUGUUGCUAAACAAUGUUUGCUAAGCCAUGAUGUUUCAUUUAUAUGCUUUGUCAUUCAUCAGAAUAAAAAAGACAUCCAUGU